UUUCUUCAUAUGAUUUUCUUCGUAUUGUGUCUAUGCCGGGUGAUUCUGAAUAGUGAAAACAGGGCAAACAUAACAUUCAUUUCCGUUAUCGUUUUCCAAUUGAAUGAUAGUUAUCGUACAUAACUGUUUUGUCAGUUUCUUUUAUCAGUUAUGGAAACGGAAUCUGACUAAUAUAAACCCGUCGUUAUAACGCAAGAAAACGAAGCAACGAGGAAACAACAGUUACGUACCUCAUUCGUUCUCCUUUGCGCUCAAAAUUGGCAAAAUCAAACACCUUCAUUGAUUGACUCUCUGACUCGCUCAGAAUGGCCGCGUUUUCCAUCAACAGCGAUUCCCAUUCCAGCUCCCUUCCAGAUUAUGCUGAGAUUGUUGUGGUGCGUCAUGGUGAAACAGCUUGGAAUGCUAAUGGAAAAAUCCAGGGACACCUUGAUAUUGAAUUAAAUGAAGCUGGAAGAGAGCAAGCAGUUGCAGUGGGCGAUAGACUAUCUAGGGAAUCGAAGGUCUGUGUUAUAUAUACUUCUGACUUGCAACGAGCUUUUGAAACUGCACAGAUAAUUGCAUCCAAGUGUGGAGGGCUAGAGGUUAUCAAGGAUUCUGACCUACGGGAAAGACACCUAGGGGAUCUUCAAGGCCAUGUUUUUAAUGAUAUAGCAAAAACUAAUCUUACAGCUUACAAGGCCUUUGUAUCUAAGAAUGAAGAUCAAGAAAUACCAGGUGGUGGAGAAAGUUUUGUUCAGCUUUACGAUCGCUGCACGUCUGCAUUGCUUAGAAUUGGCUUAAAGCAUAAAGGGGAGCGAGUAGUUGUUGUCACUCAUGGAGGAUUCAUCAGAGCACUUCACAGGUGGGCCAGUCCAAAUGGAAGGUCUGCUGGGAAGGUACUCAAUACAAGUGUCAAUGUUUUUCACUUGUAUGGUGAGGACAAAUGCACCUUAAAAGUGUGGGGUGAUGUCAGCCAUCUUAGCAAAACUGGAUUUCUACAGUCUGGUUUUGGGGGUGACAGAACUUCUGGUUAGGCCAUUGUUUCCCAUUAAAGAUAAUAAAUGUUUGAUUAUUUCCCGUCCAAAGUUAACAAAAGAUUCAGGAAGAAGAGUGGAAAGGGAUAUUAAGAGGUGAUGAUAAUUAUUAUUUUGACCUCAAUUUUAUAUUUGGUGCUUGUUAUGGUACUUCUAAACUUGGCGGGACAUUAAAUACUCUUUUUAGAUUAUAUUAAAAUAUUAAAGGAUAUUUAUGUCUUUUUCAAAUACACUACUAACUCUACUGCUAAAAUCAGUAGUUAUAAUUAUUUCACGUUUACAAGAGUAUAAUAGAAUACUCUCUCAUUUCUCAGU